AUGGCAGUCGAGAAAAAGGUCGAUCACAAUACUGGAUCUCACCCGGUUAGUGCAGAAGUGGAAGAAACCCUACCCAAAUCUCUUUAUUCCAUUAGACUAAAGUAUGUGAAGCUCGGCUACCAUUACUUGAUUUCCAAUGCCAUGUACCUUUUGAUCAUACCCCUUCUUGCUGCUUCUGCAGCAGUUAAUUUUUCAGUACUAAACAUCCAAGAUAUAGUGCAGCUAUGUAACCAUCACCUGAAAUACAAUGUUCUAGCAGUGAUCUCAUGCACGUCGUUAAUGGCGGUUUUGGCGACAAUUUAUUUCAUGAGUCGACCAAGGAAAGUUUACUUGGUGGAUUUCUCGUGUUACAAGCCCGAUCCCAAAUUUGAGUGCUCGACCAAGUUGGUUAUAGAGAAGAUUUCGACUUUCUUCAGCGAAGAAAGCGUAAUUUUCAUGAAGAAAGUGUUACAAAGGUCGGGAUUGGGUGAAAAGACAUUUGCUGGUUCUCUUCUAGACUUUCCGCCGAGAUUUCCUGUUGAAAGUGCUCGAAAGGAAGCCGAAAUGGUUAUGUUCGGAGCCAUUGACGAUCUCUUGGCGAAAACCCGAGUGAAUCCAAGAGAUAUUGGAAUUCUUGUGGUUAAUAUUUCUUUGUUCAAUCCAACGCCGUCUCUUUCUUCCAUGAUAGUGAAUCGCUACAAGCUUAGAGGAGACAUCGUGAGUUGCAACCUAGGCGGCAUGGGAUGUAGCGCUGGGCUGAUUUCAAUAGACCUUGCAAAAAGGCUUUUACAGGUGCAACCUAACACAUAUGCCCUAGUCAUGAGUUUUGAAAGUGUGACACCUUUCUAUUAUGCGGGCAAUGACAAAGCAAAGCUUCUCCCAAACUGCCUCUUUCGCCUCGGUGGAGCUGCUAUCCUCUUAUCCAAUCGCUUCUCAGAUCGUCGACGUUCAAAAUACCAACUAUCACACACUUUGCGUACCCACAAAGGCGCUGAUGAUAGAGCAUAUAAGUGUGUGUUCCAAGAAGAGGACGAAGAAGGGAAAAUCGGUGUCACAUUAUCUAAAGAUCUGAUGGCUAUUGCUGGAGAGGCCUUAAAAUCAAACAUCACUACACUUGGACCAUUAGUACUUCCAAUCUCCGAGCAACUUCUGUUUUUCGCUACACUGAUUGCAAAAAAAGUCUUCAAGAUGGACGUGAAGCCAUAUGUUCCAGAUUUCAAGCUUGCGUUCGAGCAUUUCUGUAUUCACGCAGGUGGAAGAGCAGUGUUGGAUGAACUAGAGAAUAAUCUUAAACUCACAGAAUGGCAUAUGGAGCCUUCAAGAAUGACUCUCUAUAGGUUUGGCAACACGUCAAGCAGCUCAGUAUGGUAUCAACUAGCCUACGCCGAAGCCAAAGGGCGCAUCAAAAAGGGCGAUCGAGUAUGGCAGAUUGCAUUUGGAUCGGGUUUCAAGUGUAACAGUGGCGUCUGGCGUGCGCUCAGGACUAUUAAUCCGAUAAAGGAGCAGAAUCCUUGGACAAAUGAGAUUGAUCAAUUCCCUGUUCGAGUACCUCAAGCCAUGAUCCUUUAG